AUGCCCACCAAGCCUGCAGAUAGUGAAGGGAAUCCUUGCCCUGCUGUUUAUGGCCAACCCUACAGGGGCAGGGUGAUUCAUUUACUUGCUCUGAGGACGUACAAGAAGCCACAGUUACUUGCCUGCUUGCAGAGAGAUGGAGUCAUGCAAAAGGGCAAGGGUACCCUUGGCAAGAUCCUCCAGCAGGUAGCCAACCUGAAUCCAAAGGACAAUUCCUUCAGUCUGAAAGAACAUCUAUUUCAAACCCUUCAGACUGAUUGGCCUGGCUACAGUGAAAUUGAUAGAGAGAAUUUGAAGUUAAUACUUUCUAGAAAAUACAUUGCCAUAGUCUCCUUGGAGCAACGCCAACACUACAAGGAUGACUUCAAUGCAGAGUAUGAGGAAUACAGGAAUUUACAUGCUCAGAUUGACAAGAUAAACAAGAAUUUCAGACAGUUUAAUGAACAGUGGAAGUCUCUGAUUCCACGCUUCAAAGCCUG